AGAGUACUAUUAUUAUCUCGCAAGUGCACGAGAAAGUACGAGAUUUAAAAAUGUCAAACCAGGAAAAGGAAAUGUCUAUCUUCUUGGACGUUUUCCGAAGGGCAGAUAAAAAUGAUGACAGUGCUCUAUCCUGGGAUGAAUUCAAGUCAUUUUUUGCUGAUGGUGUCAUGACAACAUCAGAGCUAGAGAAUCUCUUUAAUGAUAUAGAUACACACAAUACCAACAACAUAGAUACAGGCGAGUUAUGCACAUACUUCACUCAACACCUUGGUCAGUUUGGUCCUAUAUUCAGUGCUAUAGAAAAAAUGAACGGCCAUGUCUCACAGGCCCUCAUGGAAACAUCUAAGGAAUAUGACAGUAGUGAUAAAACACAACAGUUUAUAACUAGGUUUCUACUAAGAGAGGUUAUGAAUCAGUUUGCAGCUCUACAACGCCCCAUAGAUACUGCAUCAGAUGCUCUGGAUCAAAAGGCUGCUGAAACUCAGGAGGCAGGUGCCGCAGCUGCUGAAGUGACUGAGGUCAAAGGAAGUAGUACAAUUCCAGGAAGGAUGGGAAGACGUUAUCGUCGCCAGCAGAGUAACACAUCUCAAUCUAGUCAAGAGCAGGUAUGGGAUGAUAUGCCAUUAUACCACCGCAUUACAGGACUUGGAGUUGCUGGUGGUGCGUUGAGUUCCCAGGUGGACAGACUGCGGUCACUUAUUGAUAGACUAGAGACAAGGGUGAGCUUUGAUAUACCUGAGGAACAGAUUGACAUACAGAAUGAAAAGUUGAUCUUCAUUGUGCAUCGAAAGUUAACAGUAUCUGAGGGGUGUGAGAAGUCAUUCAGGAACAGCCUCAAAUCUUACAUUGAAGCUGUCAAUGUGAAUGAAGACUGUCAACAUUUAAGUGUAAGGAGCUUCAAAGGUUCAUCAAGAUAUGUUAUUUAUGAGAUAUGGAGCAAUGAUAAGCUAUGGAAAGAGCACCUUAGUUCACCAGAGGCCAAGAAUUUCCAACAUGCCAAUGUAGACAAUCUGGAGACACCCGAGCAGUUGAACACUCUACCUGUACCAGAAUCAUGGUUGAAGAAAGAUUAGAAAUUGGACCAUAUCCAGGGCAAACAUAAAAGCCUAGUCGAGAAUACCUACAAUGUACAGUGUGUAUGCGUCUUCCAAAUGUAUCCAUUCAUAGAGAACAUAUAUUUAGUGUAGUAUCUUACUAAGAGAACAAGUCUUGUCUUAAAUCAUGGCGCACAAUUCUUGCAUAAAGUCUUUGGAUCAUACUUCUAUCUAGUUCACCUUAUAUGAGGUCUGUAGGGGGAUCUCAGGGGCUUAAAGCAAGACUACAAGGGACCUGAUAAAAGACUAAGAAAGACUAAAGGACCAAUAUGUAUGCAUAAAGAUUUCAAAAGAAUCAUGACCAAGUAACAUUGCAUUACAUAUCUGUAUAUCAGAGUUUAGUAUGACAUGUAUUUUUACAUGUUGAGGAUGUUUGAAGAAUAUUAUAUCUAUGCAAUAAGCAUUAUGAUGCAGUGGUCUCUAAAGCAUUAAAGCAAGUGGGCGCAGCACCCACCUGAGAUCUUGAAAAUAGGCUUGCACCCACCUGAAAAUCCAUUUGCACCCACUUCAAAAUGAGAAA